CAUCAUUCAAGUCCACAGGUAGCUUGAGGAGAACCAGCGAAUAAUUUAGGAAGGAAACAUUCUUCAAGGAUCGAAAUGAUUACAGAGUGGAAAGCUUUGUGCCUCAUUGCAAUUUUCUUCGCUGUUACUUGUCAAAGUGUGAACUCACAGGCCUCAGCAGACUGCUUAAAUAAUUGGCAGAAGGCAAAUACCGCUCCAGUGUGUUUUGGUGCCAGGGAUACUCAGUUUGGAUCCUUCUACCUGCCAUCUGGCGGCGGACUGGUCGGUAUAAAGUUAGUCCACAGGUAUGGUUACGUGUCCUGUGACGUUAGACAUCCCCAACACUGGUCGUUUUGGGGGUGUGGUCAACAUAGCAGUUUAUCACAAGAGGUUAAUGUGCUCAUAACAACAUCGGACAACAAAAUCAUUUUGCCGCCGGGACAGUUCAUGAAGUACAACCACCAAGCAGGCAAGUGGGCCAGGGUUCCCGGAUAUAACUCAGCUUCCAAAGAAAUUGUGCUGACCCCAUUUACGGAGCCUUAUGCAGUACUUUCUGGUCAACAGCUACGCCUUUGGUACGGCGAAGAUCUGCAAGGUUACACUGAAGGCGACAACGGAGGCAGAGUUUGUUGUGAUGUUUAUGUUCAGUUUCACACAUAGCUGUCUUUUUAUAUCGGCCACAUUCUUGUGAAUGUCCAUGUCAGUUGUUGUUGAUUUUAGAAACUUGCAAAAAUGUCAUUUCAGGCAGAGAUGGGAUAAAACAGAAUGACAAAGUAUUGAUUGUAUGACGGGUUAGUAAUUCACAAGGAAAAUAAAUGAGAAUACAAAUUGA